AUGAAGAGAAAAACCUCUGACACCACGUGCCGUUUGCCACUAAGUGCGAUUGUCCUUCGGCAGUUGGACGAGCCACAGGCACCGCCGUCUAUUUAUUUGCUCGAUAGGCAGGCGGCAGCUUCACGUCGGCGGAGUGCUGAGCCGAGCCUUCGGCCCUACGGACCGGAUCAGCAUUCGUUCGUUGACUCACGCGAUGUGGCCUUACUCGAUACUCAUGUUACUAUGAGAAAUAUCGUGUUCGAAUGGCUUUUCAUUUACGCCAACAAAUGGGUGCACACUUCAUAUCCGCAUAGUUGCGUCAUCGCAUCACUUCACACUUGA